UGUGUGAUGAGAAUUAUUUACUUUGAAGUUAAUUCUGCCAGUUUGAAAUGAAAAAUUCGUUCUGAGAACAUCUGAAGUAAAAGAUUUGAUAUUUCCAGCAUUUAUCGUUUCAUCUAUAUCAGCAUCAGAAUCAGCCCGGGAAAUGCUGUACUGGGUCGUUGACUGCGAGCGUGGAUGAGUUGAGAGAUACUUAUCUGUCAGUUUUGAUUCCUCGCAUUUUUAUGAUUAUUUCACUUUAAGUUCGACAUGCCAUCGUCAAAAGCUUCUUCCGUGUCCAACAUUUCCACCCGUUCAAAAGCGGCGUCGGCCAAGAACAAAAGUACUACGCAUUCAACAAUUAAGCCCUCAUUGCUGGUCGUUCCACCAGCCCCAGUUGCCCUGCUGAAUGAUCUGGAAGCGGAUUUGCAUUGCACGAUUCAACCAGCCGAAUUUGAAGGCUGGAUCAAAAACACCGGUAAGGAAUUCCUGCAUUUGGAAGAAUAUGGAGCAUUCUGGAGCCAAUCAAAGGCUGGCGUCGCUGGUGAAUUGUGUGGCAGAUUGGACAAAUAUCUGGUUGCUUUUAUCAGCAAGGAUGCGUCCUGGUCGAAGGAGAAUGUAGCAGAAACUGCGAUCAAGAUAACUGCUGUUCUGGAGUUAUACAAGCCUAUUAUUCAAAUCUUCGAAGAGCCACCAGCAUCGAUAUAUCGCCGCUUGGAAGGCUUCCAUCGAAAUAUAUUCCGCAUUUACCAGUAUGGUUCCGAAGCUAAAGUGGGUAUUCUCCUCAAUACCAUCGUGGAUGUGUUGGAAUUAUGGUUUCUGAACGGUCGUCCGGAUGGAUACAAACUGAUGGCUAACUGUGUCGUUUAUGUCCUCUGCAAGCCAAAAUACACGGGCAGCGUUUUCCAGCGGUUGCUUUCGUGGCGAGGAUAUUUCGAUUGCUUCAGGCGCCCGUGGACAAAGCGGGCUGCUACGCCGGUCGCUAAGAAGCAUUUCUCCGAUUUAGAGCCGAAUGAAUGGGAGGAAAGUGACCAGAGUUCGGAGGCUGUUUCCGAACCUGUUGCUACUGAAGCCUUACUAGCCGUGGAAAAGGUCGAGUACCUGUGCGAUGCGUUGUAUAAAUUGUUCAAUCGACAAGAAGCAACUAGUUUACCUGACGGGCGCAAAUUUCUAACUAUGCUGGUCACGCUGCAUCAGGAUUUCAUGAAUAUUGCUCGUUUGGGCAUUGAUGAUGUUAUGAUGAACGACCGAAAUCAGAAGACGCUGGAGAUCCUUAUGGAUAUCGUGCUGAAAGCAUGGAGUAUCCUAAACAAGGAGGACAAUCCACUGAAGCUCGAUUUGGAGGCACUGGUUAUCACUGAUUUGAUGAAACGGGCUAUCGUUACGGAUCCAAAGUAUAAAAACGGCUAUCUUUCCAAAUACCAAUUGAUGGUGGCAUACAUGUAUAACGACAACGAUGCUGCCAUUCGACGUAUGUUCCAUUCGAACUUGGAUUUGAUGGUUUUGGAAGGAUGUAAAUCAGAAAAUCGCAUAACACGUACAAAUGCGUUACGCCUUCUUGGACUCUGCUUUCCACUAAUAUCACCAGAUGAAUUGAGGGUUUCACGGGACAUUAUGCUCCGUGACCAGGUGGACAUCGCCAUUGCGGACAUGAAGAGCAUUUUCCCCGCCUUCCGCAGCGCCGCAUCGGAAGCCACCGGGGAAAUUCUUAACCGUGGAUGGAAUGCCGUUCCGCUCGCUGAACGCACAACUCUCCUGCGUUGUUUAAGUGAUAACUUUUUCGAUGCCACCACCGUAGCCGUUCGUGCUAACGCGGUUAAAGCGGUUGGACGCAUCAUCGAUAAUCCGCUGGCCCGUGUAACGCUGGUCCCACUGCUGAUGCAGAUGAAAGAAGUAGCCACGGAUGAAGCCUUGGCCGUGCGGACCGAGUACUAUCGGAUUUUGUGGCAGGCGGUGCAGAGCGAUAUGCUGGCACUGGAGAAUGGCAACCAAAUUGUCGAUGCCGAGAAGCUGCUAGUGCAUUAUACGGAGAAGAAGCAUCCGUAUGAGGCGGAUAUCGCGAAGAUUCUGGAUUACAUGGUGUGGAAUACCAAUAACAUGCGACAAUUUUUGAAGAAUGCGAUUAAACUGUUCCAUAAUAAUGCUGCCGUAGCGGUGAAGUUCUUCCAUAAUGUGCCCAAGAAAAAGGAUCCCAAAGAUAUCCGUGCCGUUCUGGAUGCCAUUUUUAGUCAACUUUUUAUUGCCUUUAAUUGUCGGAGCAAGAAAUUACCUGAUCCAGAGGGUGCAAUUUUCCUUAGCGAUAAUAAGGAGCAUCUGAACAUUGGAUUAGAAUUAGGCGGGACGAUUAUGGCAGCCUCUGUCCUCAUUUUGAACCAAAAUACGGAGUACAAUGAAGAAAUCCAACUGAAAGCCACCAGCAUGCUCAAGGUUGCCAUCCCUUUUACCGAUGUUGUUGAGACAACUCAUCUAUAUCGCAUCGCCUGUCGGGUACCUAAAGAACAGCUACAGUAUUGUGACUGGUGUUUGGCGGAGUUUGAGAGUAUCGGUGAGCAAGGCCAAGAGGAUGACGCAAAAUGGAUUGAGCAUGGCAUUACUUUGAUGACAUUCCUUCAUACAUGGGGACUAAGCGAAGAAUUCUUGGGAAUCAUUAACAACUGGAUUUUAACCGAGCAGCAGAGAGCUUUGCCGACGAAGAAGGGUCGCGCGAACAAACAUGCGGAAAACGGCGGUAAUAAUGUGCAGCGUGCUCAUCUGGGCAUUCUGUUUCUUGGUAUGCUGCUGUCCGAUACGGAUAUUUCCGGCACUUUUGAAGAACUGGAAGCGCAGGUUAACGAGGUUGUGGAUACCGCUGCGAAAGCUUUCAAAGACUUCCUUCCUCAGCGCUUGUUCACGAAUCGUAUCGCACAUCAUCCCUUUCGCGAUUCGUUCUACAACAAUGUCAUCCAGUUAAUGAGUUUGGUGUGGCUCCAGGGAGUUCGCUACAAAAAAGAUCAGACAUUUUUGCGCAAACAUUUCUUGGAAGUGCUGAUGGUGGUGAAGGAGCACGUGUGCAAACGACUGGAAUUGCCCAAUUCUGCCAACCUUGUUCCCACCAUCGAAGCCUACAAGAAUGAAGGGAAAAACAUUCUCGCUCACAAACCGCUGUUUCCUGGCCACCAUGAAACCGUCCAGAUUGCGGAUCGUAUUAUGUUUACUCUACAGGAAGUGCUGAAGCAGUUUGGUGAUCUCAUUAGCACAGAAGAUCCGGAGAUGCAUAUUUUACUGCAUGGUUAUGCUCCCGGCGGCGCUCCCCAUCAGGUGACCUUAGUGACUCCGUCUACUGCCGGUGGUAAUUUGACACCCACUUCAGCCGCUCCGCCCAGACGUACCGUCCGCCCUGUCAGUUCUGAAUCUUCGACGCGCAGUCUCAGGCCCAAGCGUGGAAAGAAAUAGGUGAAAUUUGUUUUUCCUUAUGGGUAUAUUAUCACAUUGUUUAUCUUCCUUGCUUUUACAAUUGAGGCUUGAGCUCUAAUUAUGACUUCCACAAGUGUGGUUCGAUCGAUUCUUUAAUUUCGUUGGUUUUGGCCUGUGCCACCCACCCAUGAUUAUUUAUUUCCUCGUAUCAUAAGCUUUUCUCAGGUCGGAAUAAUUCUUGUUGGGGUCAACUAAACCUGUUUGUUUUCAAUCUGGUUUUCUUUUUGAUUGAUACCUUACUUUCAGUUUGUUUGUCAAGAGAAUCUGUUGGAAAAAAGAAUAUACGCGUUUGAAUAUACUCUUUUUGUGUUAGAAACAGAUUAAA